AUGCAGAAGGACAGAUGCCCACUGGUGCCUUUACAUUAUCUUGGCUUCGGCUAUGCAGCCCUGGUUGCCACUGGUGGGAUUAUUGGCUAUGCAAAAGCAGGCAGUAUGCCGUCCCUGGCUGCUGGACUCUUCUUCCGGGGCCUCGCGGGCCUUGGCGCUUACCAGCUGUCUCAGGAUCCCAGGAAUGUGUGGGUUUUCCUAGCUACAUCCGGGACCUUGGCUGGCAUUAUGGGGAUGAGGUUCUACAACUCCAGGAAAUUCAUGCUUGCAGGUCUAAUCGCAGGUGCCAGUCUGCUGAUGGUUGCCAAGCUUGGAAUCAGUGUGUUGAGUUCUCAUCCGUAGUAGCCACACCUGUGCUUGGGCUCCUGAAGAACUGAAACUCCCCAAAUGUCCACAUUUACAAUGUCUGAAGCAAAAAGUGCAGCGUA